ACUUUACGCAAACAUUGAAGUGCGUUCAACCACGACAUUAGCCAAUUCCAUUUGAAUGCCAGACGAAUUUGGCCAUUAAAGUGCUCCAUUUGCAGGUGCUAUAAAACAAUCGCGGCCAGAAUCUCUGCCAAUUAGUUGGAAGGGGCUUUACAAACGGUUCGGAUCGAUUUCAAUUCGCCUGGUCGGGCCAGUGAUGCACUUCCUCAUUUCGCUGUGGCUGUCCCUGUGGCUAUUGUGCCUGUUUUGGGCGAAAUGCCAGGGCCAACUUAUCCGCGUUCCCAUGCAAUUUCAGGCCUCUUUCAUGGCCAGUCGCCGUCAACACCGUGCCGGUAGAUCAUCCCUCUUGGCCAAGUACAAUGUGGCUGGGGGACAGGAGGCAACGUCGAGGAAUGGUGGAGCCACUGAAACGCUCGAUAACCGAUUGAACUUGGAGUACGCAGGACCCAUUAGCAUUGGAUCGCCGGGUCAGCCCUUCAAUAUGCUGUUUGACACCGGAUCUGCCAAUCUCUGGGUGCCAAGUGCCGAGUGUUCGCCGAAGAGUGUGGCCUGUCACCGUCAUCAUCGCUAUAACGCCAGUGCCUCGAGUACUUUUGUUCCGGAUGGCCGGCGAUUUUCCAUUGCCUACGGAACUGGAAGUCUGUCGGGAAUAUUGGCCCAGGACAUGGUUACCAUUGGUCAACUGGUGGUGCGGAAUCAAACCUUUGCAAUGGCCACCCACGAGCCGGGUCCAACUUUUGUGGAUACCAAUUUUGCGGGCAUCGUGGGACUGGGCUUUCGGCCAAUAGCUGAGCAGGGAAUUAAGCCAUUGUUCGAGAGCAUGUGUGAGCAGCAGCUGGUGGAUGAGUGUGUCUUCUCGUUUUAUCUGAAGAGGAAUGGCAGUGAAAGAAUGGGUGGAGAACUUCUGUUCGGUGGGGUGGAUAAGAAGAAGUUUUCGGGAUCCCUUACCUACGUGCCCCUCACUCAUGCCGCCUACUGGCAGUUCCCAUUGGAUGCCAUUGAAGUGGGCGGUACUGCAAUCAGUCACCGUCGACAGGCCAUCGCGGAUACGGGUACAUCUCUAUUGGCGGCUCCUCCCAGGGAAUACCUAAUAAUAAAUAGUCUCCUUGGCGGCUUGCCCACCUCAAAUAACGAAUAUUUGCUCAAUUGUUCUGAAAUCGAUGGCUUGCCCGAAAUUGUGUUCGUCAUUGGAGGACAGCGAUUUGGCUUGCAGCCCACAGAUUAUGUAAUGAGUGCUACAAACGACGAUGGCUCGAGAAUUUGCCUAUCUGCGUUUACCUUGAUGGAAGCAGAGUUCUGGAUUCUGGGAGACGUUUUCAUCGGCCGAUAUUACACCGCCUUCGAUGCGGGCCAUCGGCGAAUUGGCUUUGCCCCAGCGGCCUAAGCAGCACGUUUUUCGAAGUUUCGUUUCCGGCGAGUAGCAAGUAUCUGCUCUAUUUAAUGACAAAACUUGGACAUGAAACGGUGCCGCAGAGAAAUCACGAGAGUUGGUUACACUGAGAAACCACAAAUAAACCAGUUGGUGGAAAAAACAGCUGACCAACCCACGUUCCGGUUUGGUACAUUUGUUGAUUAGCUAAGGUAAUCCCCUACUGGAAGAUAUAUGUUAUG